AUGGUGAGGGUGGAUAUGGGAAGGUAUUUCAUGCAAUACAAAAUGGCAAGUGAGUCAUUAAAGAAGUUAUGCAUUAAAAGCAGAAAAUAUAAAAGUUCAAUGCUUCAUAUUGAAAUUGCUGUGCUAAAAACAGCACUGAAACGAGGAGCUGAGCAUAUUUGUGAAUUGCAUGAUUAUGGUGCAGUGAAACCAGACUUUGUAUUUAUGGUAGUAACACUUCUGGGCAAAGAUUUAUACAAAUUACGUAACGAGCAACCUGAUCGACAUUUCUCGAUCAGUUCUGCAGUUCGUGUUGGUAUACAUACCUGUAAAGCUAUUGAAGAAUUGCACAGUUGUGCAUUUCUUUCACGUGAUAUCAAACCAGGAAAUUAUGCAGUUGGAUUGGAAAUUAAUAAACAACAUAAAAGAUUUUUCUUAUUUGAUUUUGGUCUUGCAAGACGAUAUCUUGAUAAAAAUGGUAAGCAUCAAAAAUCGAGAGGUGAAAUUGGUUGGCGUGGUACCACUCGAUAUGGUUCACUGAAAGCUCAUCAAAAGCAAGAUCUGGGAAGACGAGAUGAUCUUGAAUCGUGGUUUUAUUGUUUGGUAGAAAUUACCUGUGGUAUGUUACCAUGGCGACAUGUUGCUGGUAUAACUUUUA